UUUGGCGUGGAGAUUUUGGAAGCGCCAAGCCAUGAGCUCCUCGCAGUCAAAUCAGCUUGAACAACAACAAGAUUCCGGCAAAUCACUUCGAUUCCUACAGCAACUACAUAAAUACAGCUCCUCUGACACGAUGCGACCUACAAUUGAAAGGUUGGAUAAGCCAAGCGCAUAUUAUCUGUCGAAGAAUAAGCGGAGGAAGUUCGGUGACAGAGAUGGCCCUCAAGAAGACCCCGUUGACCCUUUGAAGGAUGCCACUACACUCUAUGUCGGGAAUCUUUCAUUCUAUACGACGGAGGAGCAGAUACACGAACUCUUCGCCAAAUGCGGAGAGAUCAAACGACUAGUCAUGGGCCUCGAUCGGUUUGCGAAAACACCUUGCGGCUUCUGCUUUGUUGAAUACUAUACCCAUCAAGACGCGCUCGACUGUAUGAAAUAUAUUGGAGGAACAAAGCUGGAUGAGCGCAUCAUUCGGACGGAUCUAGACCCGGGAUUCCAGGAGGGUCGGCAAUACGGACGGGGUAAAUCUGGUGGCCAGGUUCGGGAUGAAUACAGAGAUGAAUAUGAUCCAGGCCGCGGUGGUUACGGCCGGGCGAUCGCUGAUGAGCGAAGGAAGGAGGAGGAAGAGUAUGGGAAAGGCAGGUAAGAUAAUUUUUGAGCUGGGCAGGAUCGGGGCGCAAGGGAGGCGUUAUUGUUUCAAGUUAAUGAAGUUAUAAUUCUACAUACACAAUGGGAAAAGAGAUCUAUCUAUCAAAUAUUCAAGCUGGCCCAUGGAAGGGUAAAGAACCUUAACACAGGGGAUACCUUGUUCGAUGUUGGAUUCGCCAUUGCCGCAGUGCAAAUGUUGUCAUUGCUAGGAGGCCCGCGAUUUCGACACCGCUUGCUCGACCUGCUGCAACCACCAGGCAUGAAUCCUGGGGUCAUCCGUCAACUCGGGAUGGAAGCUCGUGCCAAAAACAUUGCCCUGUUUCACGGCCACAAUAUCUCCUGAAUCCGUAUCCGCAUGG